AAUUAAUAACUACAAAUUACAAAAUAUGCUAUACCUCUCGCACUCCUCUUCUUAAUUUAGUUUGUUAAUAUCUUCCUUACCUUUAGCUCCCUUCCAUCUUCAAUUUGCACUUUCGAUUUUCCCCAUCCCCAAUCCCAAUCAAAAUAAAACAACACAGCAUGCACGGUGGUAGUAUUACCUUCAUGUUCAGCUAUGACCGACCUGAUCGAGUGUCAUCCACCUUUAAGAUGCCAUCAAACUAACCACCACCGCGUCCUCUGUCUUUUUCUAUCUAAACUAUCACUACAUGUCAUCGUAACUAAUAAUCUGUUUGUUCAAGAUGUUGGAUCCUAUCCACCUCAUUUUCUUUUUCUUUUUCUCCUUAUCUUUCACACUCCGCUUGCAACGGCACAGCAGCAGGAGUACCCAUUGCCUAAGGUAAGAGGUGACAAGACCAUGGUCAUUGUCCUCCUCGUCCUCGUGGCCGUCUUCUUCGCCCUAGGCCUCCUCUCCAUCUAUAUUCGCCAAUGCUCCGAACGUCGGCACCGUGACCAGCUCCACCCUGCUAUCCUCUCUGCCACCUACGGUGGAGGCAACAGCGGGGGGCAGCAUCAUGGCCUUGACAUUGCGGUGGUGGACUCAUUUCCAACCUUCAUCUACUCCAACGUGAAGAGUCACAAGAUUGGGCAGGGGGCGCUAGAAUGCGCCGUGUGCCUCUGCGAGUUUCAAGAUGAAGAAACGCUGCGUUUGAUCCCACAAUGCUGCCACGUGUUCCACUCCGACUGCAUCGAUGUCUGGUUCUCCUCCCACUCAACAUGUCCAGUCUGCCGUGCAAAUCUCACGCCAAAACCACCUCACACGUCAUCACCACAAUCCCUCGUUGUAAACAUUUCGGAUCAACCUGAUACGAAUCCAGUUAACAGUGAGCCAAAUAUCAUUUCCCUGAUCAAUGAUGGCGACCAGAACAAUGCAAUAAUAACAGAGCCGAAGUCUCACCAGGAGAGGAGAACUAUUUUUAAUUUGGAUGAAGAGAAUGGUUCGGUUCAGUCAUUUUANGUUAGUUGCAGGGUAACAUUUCAAAGGGAGAGAAGCCACAAGGAGGGUUAUAGGACAAGGAGUGCAAGAAGCACAGAGCCACCUUUUAUUGGCAUGACCAGAUUUGAAAGGUUAGAGAAGGGUGAGAGCAUUAAAGGAAAUGAGGUUAAAGUAGAUGGGGGAGAACGGUCUUUUGAUCUUCUAUUUCCCAAGGGCUCAAGGGAUGAGAAUUAG